CUGAGUGAGACUAUUCGGGCGCUUGCAAGCCCAGCCAUGGAAUAGACUUGAUUUGGGUGAUGUGAGCGCUCGCUUAUUCUGGUGAACAAUUUGAAGGAUUGGGGCGGGUGGUCAGCAAUCAGGCACAGAAUCCACAAUACACUUGAGUCCUUGACUCGAAAAGUCGACUGUACGGCUCGAACAUGUCUUACCCCGGGCCGAUCCCUCGUGUAGCCGGCAGUGGAUUGGUGCGCUUGUUAUCGCAAACGGGUAUGUACAACAUGGUCAUGGAUGCGGGGGCUGUAGAGGGCGCAAGGCAUUUGAGACACAUAAUCUCUCUUGAGCAGGGCAAAUUGUCCCAGGCUGCAAAAACUGUUGAGUGUAACGUAAGUCUCCUUUUCUCUCUCACAAACAUCCCCCCCACGUUGGUUAUCGUUUGCAAAGGACGAUGGAUUCUGGCAGAACUUAGCCGUGAGGGAACCACAAUCGCCAGCUAUUCACCUGAUGCAUCCAAGGGUAAAUGUCAUGACGCCUCGUCGUUUCCAAUUUCCCAUUGCUCUGGGAAUCGCAGUCUGCCUUCCCACCCAACCCCACCAUAAUGCAUGAUGAUGGGUGGGGAGGACCACCGUACACCAUCAACCAGCAGCGAGCAGGAUUCCAAAUCAACCGAGUAUCAAGAAUAUUGAUGGCAUGUCAAUCCACAUCACACGAGCCAAAAGGCCGCAACAAGAAGGAGUAAUUACACGGCGGGAAGCCUCUCUGUCUCCAUCCGCUCCAUCGAGAUGCAUUCCCAGGAUGCUCGUGCGAUGUCUGCAAGUUGAUAUUGGUUGAAUGUUGUUGCGGGACCAGCUAUCCCUCCCGCGACAAGUUUCAGGCGCGCGGCUCGAUGCUUGGAGAAUGACAGCAAAAAGCACAAAUGAAGAAAUGACAUGCUGCGUACACGCGGGACAGUGUUGGCGGUGGAAAAUCUUAUGAUUGGGCACGCGAAGCGAAUGGGAGGUACUCUUCGGCAGACCCGAAACUCUAAUCGAUUGU